AUGGCUCCAACCUUGAAGAAACUGCUACCAGUUUUCCCCUUGUCCAUCCUCUCCUUUUGCUUUUUUUUCUUUCUUUUUCAUUCAACUCAGUCCAUCUUCUCCUUCUCACGUAUCUCAAGCCACACCACCCACCACCACCACCACCCACUAGAUCCUCUAACCCCAUCCGAGCUCAACAUAACACGAUCCAUUAUUCUAACCUCGUAUGCUGGCUCAAUCCCCAAUCUCACGUUCCACUACGUAGGGUUAGAUGAGCCAGACAAACCAGACAUCCUCUCAUGGCUGUCAAACCACACCUCCACCACCAAGCCCCUACCCCGACGAGUCUUCGUAAUCGCUCGACUUAACAAACAAACCCAUGAAAUCAUUCUCGACUUAUCGACAAAAUUGAUAAUAUCCGAUCAAAUAUACAGUGGUCAUGGCUAUCCUAUACUAACCCUAGAAGAACAAACAGCUGCAAGUGAACUACCACUAACACACCCUCCAUUCAUGGAGUCUAUUAAAGCCAGAGGACUCAACAUAUCUGAGGUGGUCUGUUCUACCUACACCGUUGGGUGGUUUGGAGAGAGAAAGAGCUCUAGGGUUUUGAAAAUUCAAUGCUUCUAUACAAAUGGGACUGCGAACUUUUACGUGAGGCCAUUGGAGGGAAUAACCGUGGUGGUUGACCUAGAUGAAAUGAAGAUUAAAGAAUAUUAUGAUAGGCUUAAAGUUCCAGUACCGACAACUGAAGAUACUGAGUAUCGAUUGUCUAAGCAAAAACCACCAUUCGGUCCACGCCUAAACAGUGCAACCAUUCUACAACCAGAAGGUCCAGGGUUUGUUAUAGAAGGGCACAGUAUAAGGUGGGCCAAUUGGGCUUUCCAUCUGGGCUUUGAUGUUCGGGCUGGUCCAAUUAUAUCCCUGGCUUCAAUAUACGACCUUGAGAAGCAGAAGUAUCGUCGUGUGCUAUAUAGAGCAUACGUAUCGGAGCUCUUCGUUCCAUACAUGGAUCCAACCGAGGAUUGGUACUUCAAAACAUUUAUCGACGCGGGCGAAUUUGGGUUCGGACAAUCAGCAGUGUCACUGAAGCCAAUGGAGGAUUGCCCGGCCCAAGCGGUUUUCAUGGAUGGCUACUAUGCUAGACAAGAUGGCAAAUCUGUACAGAUAUCAAAUGUCUUCUGUAUAUUUGAGCAAUACGCCGGAAAUGUCAUGUGGCGUCACACCGAAUCCGACAUUCCCGGAGAAGUGAUAACGGAGGUUAGACAAGAGGUUAGCCUGGUGGUGAGAUCAGUCUCAACCGUGGGUAACUAUGACUAUAUGAUGGACUGGGAGUUCAAGCCCAGUGGAUCAAUCAAAGUUUCGGUAGGGCUCACUGGUAUCCUGGAAGUAAAGGGGAUGUCUUAUACCCACGCAGAUCAAAUAAAGGAGGACGUCCAUGGCACAUUAGUGGCCGAAAACACAAUAGGCGUAUACCAUGACCACUUCUUGUCAUACCAUCUUGACCUUGAUGUGGAUGGUGAAGCGAAUUCCUUUGUCAAAACCAGCCUAGAGACCCGAAGAGUGACCGACAAUGUCUCUCCAAGGCGGAGUUAUUGGACGACCACCAGUGAGACGGCAAAAACUGAGUCCGAGGCUCGAAUCCGGCUAGGGUUGAAACCAGCUGACCUAGUGGUGUCGAACCAGAAUAAAAAGACCAAGGUUGGGAACCCUAUUGGGUAUAGGUUGAUUCCAGGAUCAAUGACAAGUCCUCUUCUGUCAGAUGAUGAUUACCCACAAAUCCGAGGGGCCUUCACCAAGUACAAUGUUUGGGUCACUCCAUACAACAAGUCUGAGAAAUGGGCAGGAGGAUUGUACGCUGAUCAGAGCCGAGGAGAAGAUACAUUGGCUAUGUGGAGCCUCAGGAAUAGGGAGAUUGAAAACAAGGACAUAGUGAUGUGGUACACCAUGGGCUUUCAUCACGCACCCUACCAAGAAGACUUUCCGAUUAUGCCGACACUCAGCAGCGGGUUUGAGCUCCGGCCGGCCAAUUUCUUCGAGCGAAAUCCAGUGCUAAAAACAAAAUCUCCCGAGAUUCUAGUUAACUCGAUCAACCAUAAUAGAAGAGCCGGUGCAUUUCACGGAGUCUAA